AUGAUUCCGUCCUGGCUGCUCAAUGCGGGCUGUUUCUUCGGGUUUAUAACCUGCCAUACGCCCCCAGGUGUUUGGCCUGAUCAGGGUGCGACGGUCAUUUCAUCCACUGCAACUCCUUUGACAACUUCAACCAUUGGAGUUUCAGGAACGAUUGUUCCUGGCACUACUUCAAUUGUUCAUUCGUUUACUACCACCGAUUCUCUCGCUUUCUCGAGCAUUGUGGCUGCCCCGUCUGCCUCCGCCGCCGUCUCUGCUUCUGUCGCGGCGGUGAGUGCGGGGUCUGUUGCGGCCAAUAUCCUGGUUAUUGCCCGAGACACUGCCUCGGCCAAUGUUGCGUCCUCUGGACUUAACGCUUAUGGCAUUCCCUUCACCACUCUUGUCGUGCCGCAGGCUGGAGCUAGCCUGCCUACGCUCAACACCACCACCGGAGGAAACUUCGGAGGUAUUGUGGUUGCCAGCGAGGUCAGCUACGACUACGGCACCGCGGGCUUCCAGAGUGCGUUGACUACGGACCAGUGGAACCAACUGUAUGCCUAUCAACUGGCCUAUGGUGUGCGCAUGGUACAGUACGACGUCUAUCCGGGCCCCAACUAUGGUGCCAGUGCCGUCGGAGGCGGAUGCUGUGACACCGGUGUGGAACAAUUGGUGUCAUUCUCCGAUAUCAGCGACUUCCCCACCUCAGGCCUGAAGACGGGUGCCGGUGUCAGCACCAGUGGUCUCUGGCACUAUCCGGCCACCAUCAGCGACACCAACACCACCAAACAAAUUGCCUCGUUCGCCUCCAACUCGGUCGUGUCCAGUGACACGACUGCUGCAGUGAUCAACAACUUCUCUGGCCGUGAGCAAAUGGCGUUCUUCAUUUCCUUCGAUACCACCUGGAGUGCUACCUCCAACUACUUGCAGCACGCUUGGAUUACCUGGAUUACACGCGGUCUCUAUGCUGGAUACCGCCGUGUUAACCUGAAUACUCAGAUUGAUGACAUGUUCCUCGAGACGGACAUCUACUAUCCGAAUGGCACUACCUUCCGUAUCACCCCCGAUGACCUGACGGGCAUCACCAACUGGGUGCCCACGAUCAAUGCCAAGAUGAACGCUGGAAGCAGCUACUACGUCGAGGUUGGUCACAACGGUAACGGCAACAUCGAGGCCUCCGCCAACACCGGUGAUGCAGGUUAUGAUGCCUGCAACGGCGGUGCUAUUGAGUAUGAUUCUCCUGCCGACACUCCUUUGGAGUUCCAGAAGCCUCUUGGAACUGGCACCAACCUCUGGCCCUCUACCCCGACCGCGUACGACUGGACGACCACCUGUACCAAGCUCGAUGCCCUUCUGAACUGGUGGACCACUUCAUCCAACUUGAACAGCUGGGGUCACAUCUCCCACACUUUCACCCACGAGGAGCAAAACAACUCGACCUACUCGGAUGUGUUCAAGGAGAUCUCCUUCAACCAGGCCUGGCUCAAGCAGGUCGGUAUCGAUGCCGCUGCGCACUUCACCUCCAACGGUAUCAUCCCCCCGGCCAUUACUGGACUGCACAAUGGCGAUGCUCUUCAGGCCUGGUGGGAUAAUGGCAUCACCAACUGUGUCGGUGACAACACGCGUCCCGUGCUCCUGAACGCGGAUAAUGCGAUGUGGCCCUUGUUCACCACCGUUGCUGCCAACGGCUUCGCCGGCAUGCAGGUCAACCCUCGCUGGGCCACCCGUAUCUAUUACAACUGCGACACUCCGGCUUGCACUGUGCAGGAGUGGAUCGAUACCUCUGCUGGCAGCGGCGACUUCAGUACUCUGCUGGCUACGGAGGAGUCCGACACCAUGCGCCACCUGUUUGGUCUCUACCAUGACCCUUACAUGUUCCACCAGGCCAACCUCCGCAACGCAGACGUUGACCCCAUCACCAUCAACGGCGUGUCGGCCCAGUACUCCAUUUUCCAGGCUUGGGUUGAGACCGUGGUGCAGGAAUUCGUGCGCCUGGUUGACUGGCCUAUCGUUACUCUGAAGCACCAGGACAUGUCCGCUGGCUUCCUCGCUCGUUUCAACCGCGACAAGUGCGGUUACGCUCUCAGCUACGCCAUCGCGAACAAGCAGAUCACUGCGGUGACUGUCUCCGCCACCGGCAACACCUGCAGCGAGCCCGUCCCCGUCACCUUCCCUGUGGCGCCCACCAGCACCCAGGGAUUCACCACCGAGCAGGUGGGCAGCGACCCCCUGACCGUGUGGGUGGAGCUGUCGGGCUCGCCGGUGACGUUCACUCUCUCCACUCCCAUCGCGUUGUAA